AUGGCUUCAUCACGUCCUCUGCCAGUGGAAAUAGUCGAAAACAUUAUUAGUUUCCUGUGUAUCAGCUAUCCCUCAACAACUACUGAACCAUUAAACGGCGCAGAUCAAUCAUUCUUAACCCACUCUUCUAUAGUACAAUUACUUCAAUUACGAUUGCUUGCCAGAUCUUGGGCUGCAGCUAUUCCACAAUUUGUCUACGGCUCCUUAAGUUUAGCAACACCAAAUUUCAAUCGUUAUGUUGUCAAUAUGUGGAUGAACUGUUUGAACGUCUCGAAUCUCACCAACUUACGUCGACUGUGCUUGAGUGAAGUUCUCUACAUCCCGGCUUCGAAGGCAACCGGGUAUCACAUGGCGUUAUCAGAUGAAUCCAGUGACCAGUUUGAGUACGAGUACAGCCGUUGGGAGCGAAAUUGUAUUUUCAUUCUGGAUGCAGCUGAUAUUGUUAGCUUAUGUGGUUCAAGAUUAGUACAUUUGAAAUUAGUCUUCGCGCGUUCAGUUGGGUUCUCAGAUAGUAUGGUGGUUGCAAUAAAGCGUAUAAGAAACCUCAAGACUUUUUCGAUUGAAGGAACUAUGAUAGGAGGAAUUGUUAAUGAUUCCAAAUCCUUAUCUGCGGUCUUACAAAACAGCCCUUCAUUAGAAUCUUUAUCAUUAAGAUUAGCAGCCUUACGUCGCUUAAAUUUGGACCCCGAUUUCUUACCAAACUUACGCCACCUUUGGAUUAAAUGUCAUCGAUAUAACUUGGACGCCUACAUACCUACUGGGCGACCUGAACAAUCAAGGAUGUUGCUUAUGGCUUUACGGAACACCCUCGAAGGCCUGACUGUGGAUACAAUUCCAGAUGAUCUUCCUCGUCGGCUAGGAAUCGAAGCCUUUCCCAAACUCCGAAUCGUGCGCUGCAAAUACAUCAAUACUUUACGUGAUCAUCCAGUUUGGUUCGAAUGGUCAUUGUUUCAUACUAUUGAAGUUCUGAUUGUAAAUUAUUGCAGCAGUAGAGCUUAUUGGGAAGACGUUUUAUUAACACCUGGCGGACCUCACUUGAAAGAAGCAAACAAAUUGAAACACUUUAUCUUUAUCAUAGCAAGUGAUGAGCCGAUUGAAGACCACGAGUUAACGGAGGUGUUCAAGACUUACGGUAUUCAAUGCCAUUUCAGAUCAGGGAUAACUCAUACUGAAGUGUUGUGUAGACAAGAAAAGUGGCAAACUAUAGUUCGACUGCUGACUUGGAGUAAAAUUUUUAGUAUUGAAGCCAUACCUGAAGUUCAUAAUAAAAAUGUAAGAAAAAAUGUGGAGUUGACGAGUGACGAGGUCCGAUCUACCAACUACACGUUCAAAGUUCGCAGGUUCAAAGUAGAAGAUUAUUAG